AUGAAGCGACCCCUGAGCCCAUCCCACAGCCCCGAGAGCGCGGUGCGGCUGGCAGAGGUGGCCAGCUGCCCCCCCAGCCAGCCCGAGCAGCGCAUGAAGCGGGAGAAGAAGCACCAGUCGUUCACACUCUGCGAGGUCUGCAACAUCCAGCUCAACUCGGCCGCGCAGGCUCAGAUCCACUACAACGGCAAGUCCCACCAGAAGCGCCUCAAGCAGCUCAACAAGGGGAAGAUGCCAGCAGCCCAAGGUCCCUCCGGACACAGCAGCCCCCUCUUAGCAUCAUUGCCCAUCCCUGGACGGCCCCUUCACCCCCCCUUGGACAUCAAGCACUUUCUGACCUUCAGGCUCAACGGGACAUCACCGCUCAACCUGUUCCCCAACUUCAACACGAUGGACCCGGUGCAGAAGGCAGUGAUCAGCCACACCUUUGGCGUGCCGGCCCCACUCAAGAAGAAGCAGUUCAUAUCCUGCAACAUCUGCCACCUACGCUUCAACUCUGCGAACCAGGCAGAAGCCCACUACAAGGGGCACAAGCACGCGCGGAGGCUGAAGGCCAUCGAGGCCAUGAAGAACAAGCAGAAGGUGGCGGGGGCUGCAGCGGGGACCCCCAGCCAGGACAGUGCAGCCGACCUGUCCCCCAUCCCCGAGGGCAGUGGGGAGCCCGGCAGCACAGCUGAUGCCAGCAGCCCACAGGAGCCAGAGGGUGAGGGCAGCAGCCUGGGGCUGGCGCCUAGCACCGAGGAAUCACCCACGGAUCUGCCAGGCAGCAUCGCCCCGCUGGGCUCCCCACCGGCCUCUGAGCUCUCAGAGGGCACCUCUGAUGCCACCAGCGUGGCCUCCUCAUCCGCCCAGGCAGCCGAGGCACAGGCUGCUGAGUCGGGUGGCAGCGUCAGCUCAGCCCCUGAGAGCGAGAAGGAGGGGAAGAAGAGCAAACAGCACCUGUACUGUCCCACCUGCAAAGUGACUGUCAACUCCCUGUCCCAGCUGGAGGCUCACAACACCGGCGCCAAGCACAAGUCGAUGCUGGAAGGUCACGGCACCCAGCUGCGGCGAGGCCGGGGCAAGCUGCUCUCCCGGGCAGGGCACAAGUCCAAGCGGAUCGGGAACAAGGGCAGCAUCAACAUCCAGAACAAGGCGUUUCACUGCCAAGUGUGUGAGAUCUACGUGAACUCGGAGACUCAGCUCAAGCAGCACAUGAGCAGCCGGCGACACAAAGACAGGCUGGCGGGGAAGCCGCCCAAGCCUAAGUACAGCCCCUACAACAAGCUGCAGAAGAACGCUGCCCUCGCAGUGAGUAUUCUCAAGUCCAAGCUGGCUUUGCAGAAGCACCUCACCAAAACCCUGGCGACCCGCUUCCUGCCGAGCCCAGACAGGAGAGUGAUGGAGCCCCUGGGAAUGGAUUCACCUGCCCAGGGCAUCUCUGCCUCAGGGAAGGAGAAGAGUGGAGACAGGACACUGGGAGAAGAGUGA